CGGAGCGUUCGGAGGUGCAGGUGCCCCCGGGCUCCCCGGUGAGGCACCUUCGGCCCGGCUGCUGAUGCACGGCGCCCCGCCUCACCGGAGCCAACAGCCGCGCUGCGCCGCCGCCGCCUCCUGCGCUUCCAGGGGAGACCCCGGGGGAGACCCGGCGGGGCCGGCAGACCCGGGGCCCGCUCCCGCCAGGCGGCCGCACCGCUCCGGGCCGAAGGGCAGCGGGGCCGGGUCCCCGCGGGAGGCAGCGCCCGGGCACAGACCAGCCCCCGCCCCGCGGGGCUCUCCCCGCGCCGCCCGCACCGGCAGCCCCGCACAGCCAGAAAAUUUGCAAAAGAAUUGGCUUCGGGAAUUUUAUCAGGUUGUACAUGCACACAAGCCUCACUUCAUGGCUUUGCACUGUCAGGAAUUUGGAGGAAAAAACUACGAAGCUUCCAUGUCUCACGUGGACAAGUUUGUUAAAGAAUUGUUGUCAAGUGACGCGAUGAAAGACUACAACAGAGCUCGAGUUUACCUGGAUGAGAACUAUAAAUCACAGGAACAUUUUACGGCUCUAGGAAGUUUUUACUUUCUUCAUGAAUCUUUGAAAAACAUCUACCAGUUUGAUUUUAAAGCUAAGAAGUAUAAGAAGGUUACUGGGAAAGAAAUCUACUCAGACACUUUAGAAAGCACACCGAUGCUGGAAAAAGAGAAGUUUCCACAGGAUUAUUUCCCUGAGUGCAAGUGGUCCAGAAAAGGUUUCAUUCGAACAAGAUGGUGUAUUACUGAUUGUGCCUUUGACUUGGUAAACAUUCAUCUUUUCCAUGAUGCUUCCAAUUUAAUUGCUUGGGAAACAAGCCCAUCGGUUUACUCAGGAAUACGGCAUAAGGCUCUUGGCUAUGUACUUGAUAGAAUUAUAGAUCAACGGUUUGAGAAAGUUUCGUAUUUUGUCUUUGGAGAUUUCAACUUUAGACUGGAUGCCAAAGCAGUAGUAGAGACACUAUGUGCAAAGGCUACAAUGCAGACUAUCCGGGCAGCUGACACAAAUGAAGUAGUCAAGCUAAUAUUUCGUGAAUCUGAUAAUGACCGAAAGGUUAUGCUACAAUUAGAAAAGAAGCUCUUUGACUAUUUUAAUCAAGAUGUGUUUAGAGAUAACAAUGGCACUGCGCUUUUAGAAUUUGACAGAGAGCUGUCAGUCUUUAAAGACAGAUUGUAUGAACUGGACAUCUCAUUUCCUCCCAGUUAUCCAUACAGCGAGGACUCUAGUCAGGGAAAGCAGUACAUGAACACGAGAUGUCCAGCCUGGUGUGACAGAAUCCUGAUGUCCCACUCAGCCAAGGAGCUCAUUCUGAAAUCAGAAAACGAUGAGAAGAUAGUAAUAUAUGACCACAUUGGGCCAAAUGUCUGCAUGGGGGAUCACAAGCCUGUGUUCCUGUCCUUUCAAAUAGCUGCUGGGGCAGGUAAACCUAUUGCAAAUGUGCACAAGUGUUGUGUCGUGCAGUGAUGUGGUGGUAAAUAUCAUUUUUUUCCUUUACGUUUAUAUUUUCUACAUCAUUUCCCCUGUGUUUAUUUUUCUUUUUAAAAAAAUGCCAAUUCUGCAACAGGAAAAAGAUGCCUACGAAAUGAGAAGAUUUUCCGUGAAACCACACUGUAGCAAGGAGGGGAAGGAAUGCACAGUAUACUGAAAUGCAUAAUCGUAACAACUAUUGAUAAAUCAAGUCCCGAGUGCCACAUUUUUAGACUGCUGAUCGUACACUAUGCUUCAGCAUCUGGACUCUGUUCGAGAAAAGCCUCACAUACCUCACUGUCUUGUAUGUUCAUGUGACAUCAAGUAGAAAUGUGGAAUUAUUUUUUAUAUAUAUGUCACAAUUCUGUUGCCAAAACUCUAAAUAGACAGCAGAGAUGUUAUGUAUUUUAGAUUUCACAACUUUCAACUUUUAAUAAGUGUUUGUCAAUGUGGAAAAGCUAUUUCAGCACAUUAUAAACUUUUAAAGGUGUCAUGCCUAACAUUAUAAAUCUUUACCACUUUGGGGUUUUGUACAUUGGAUUGUAUAGAUAGAGAUAUUGAUGGUUUUAAAUGGUAUUUUCUUUGUUGACCAAGGCUUAUGGUUUGUGUUUUAGUUUUAGUAUUUUGUUUUUCAUUUUUAUAAUUUUUUUUCUCAUGUUAUUUACUAUACUGCCAUGUUACAUGGUUUUUGAAUCACACAGCAGCUGCUUUCUAUACAUACAUAUAUAUGUGUGUAUAUAUGUAUGUAUGUGUAUAUAUACACAGAUAUAUAAAUAAUUUAUAAACCUGACCAAAACUUACGCUAAAUAUACUUUCCAAUAUGAAUGCUUGAGAGUGCCAUAUCAGCAGUUAGUGUUGGAGUCUUAGCAGGUUUAGUUAAGUGUACAUCAACAACCAACAUUUAUAUAAUAAAUAAUAUAUAGCAGUGCCAUCCUGGAUACAGAUAUAUAGCAUACUAUAUAGCACAUAUAUUAGUAGUUUCACUUUGUUACUCCUAUUAUCCCUUCUUUCUAUGUAAUAUUAAGGAUUGAAUGUGAAGUUCUUAGCUAGGUUUGGGUGUAACUUUCCAGAAUUUUGUAAACUGUUUUUGUCCGUCUUUUGUUACUGUUUUAUGGUGCCAAGUAUUCUAUAUUGAAACAAUAACAACACGGGAGAAGAACAUAAUAGUCUGCUUCAGGUAGCAACUGUAUUGGACACAGACUGUAUUUAUACAGUGUUGAAGAAAAAAAAAAAAGACUGUAAAUUUUCCUGGUUAGUAGCUCAGUGCAGCCUACAAUAUAAUCUUGUUACGAACAUUUUUCUCCCACCACUAAAUACAACAUUAAAAGGUGAUUAGGGAGUCUGUUGAUGAAACACAAAUGUAUGUUUUAUUGAUUUAAUUUAGAACACUACAGAGUUCAUGGACUGUGUGAUGGCAUUAGAUUGAUGCUUGAUUUCGGUAUAAAUCACUACCAUUGAAAAUUAUUUGAUGUCCGCUUGCAGAAUGUUUUCUCAACAGUACAAUCUGGGUUUAUAUUAAGUACUGUUGCCCAAAGGGUGUCUGCAGCUCUGUAUUGUCGUUGUGCCAUGUUGCAUUAUAACCACACAGUAAUUCUAUUUAAGCGAACUCAACUCAUGAUAACUUUGAAGGCCUUUAGAAAUGAGUACUCUGGUUCUCAAGCAAUAAAACUGAUCAUGGUGAAUA